AUGGGAAGGUAUCGCACGGUUCCGUGCAUGGCCCUGUCAGGUGCAGCGCCGCCGGCACGUCAGCAGCUGGUCAGAAAGAUACAGCGCCGCCUGGAGGAAGAAUGUGAAAAGCGCAGCUCGGAGUUCCGGGAGAAUCGCAUCAGCAUCAUGGUGGCCACUGAUGCCUAUGGUCAAGGUAUCGAUAAGCCAGACAUUGAUGUUAUCGUCCACUGGCAACCGCCGUUGAAUAUGGAGACGUAUGUAAACCAGAUCGGCCGUGCUGGGCGAGAUGGCCGGCAUUCCCUGUGCCGACUGUGCUGGAGCAACAGCAACGACUGGAACAUGAUGCUGCAUGACAAGGGCUACUUUGCGCAGGAGUUGAAGCAACUGAUGGCCCAAGAUCUGGAGGUGGAGCUGGAGUCGCGCGUUGCCUUGCUCAGCAUUGUCACGGAGCACAGGUGCCGCUGGCAUGGGAUACUCUCACAUUACGCCUGUGCCGCAGAGCUGGAAGUCCCCCGAGGCUGCGGCGUAUGCGAUGUGUGCGUUGGCAAGGAAGUGGGGAUGAAAAGGAGCACGGCCAGUGAUGGUGAGCAGAAUCUAGCGCUGCUGAUACUUGAUUGUGUCAAGUUUGCCAGCAGCCACGGCGAGGCGACCAAGGGAAGAGUCAUACAGAUAGCUCGGGAAGGCGCCUCUGGCUUCCGGCACCCGUGCUCCGUGGGCAUGCUGGAAGCCAUUGAAGCCAAGAGGUGCCGGCUGCCUGGCCCACCGCUGAAGCGUGCUCUGGAGGACAUGUUCUUGCGCUUGCAAGACAGCGGAUAUCUGCUGCCCUGCCUGCCCAGCUAUGCUAUUCAGCAGCCGAUGAAGAAGCUUUCUUGGGGCGUCGAGUUGAGUCGAUCAGGCUUGGAAGCUCUGAGCCGGGAUGGCGUCAUCCAGCUUGUCCCGGAACGCAGGGGCACUUCCGGAAGCGAGUCAAAGCAACAUCGCCAAACAAUUCGUCAGCUCAAAAAAGCCCUCAAGGAGUUCGCAUCCGUGAAAGGCGACCCAGAGGCUCUCGAGGAUGCUCUGAUACAUCUUCAACACGUUGCCAGCGACCAAGCGUGUAAAUCGAAGCCUCCUGUCAAGCGAGACGCGCCUCCUCGUGUCAAGCAAGAUGAAACAGAUUCGGUCCUGCGCCAGAUGAAGGGUAUCUGCCCUGAUAUGCAGAUUCGCUACGAGAACCUUGGUCCAGAUCAGCGCCAAUUCAUCAUGGAGAUUCCUUCGCAACAAAUCAAACACAGCGGCAAGCCAUCGCGGUAUGAGAGUGUGUCAAGGAAGGAUGCGCUUGAAACGAUCAAAAUACCGGUCAAGAAGUGGUGGGUCCCACGCUAUGUGGGAGACAACUUGCGGGACGACGACGUGAGUUGCAAUGUCAAACUGGGGAAGCAGGCGAUGUGGAAAGCAGAGAUCUAUGUCAAGCCUUCGGGAAAGACCUUUGCCAGCAGGCGUUCCUUCCCACGGUGGGUGGAUGCAGUGUGGAGCGCUAUAGCCAGCGUCCCUGAAAACAACAUGUUUCAGAAACGCGUGAAACUUGAGUGA